CAGUUCAAAAGCACGUCAAAGUGCAAGUAGAUAAAUAGGUACCGCUCCAGUGGGAAGGUAAGGGCGUUUCCGUGCGCUGCUCUGGUUCUCCAGAAGCGGCUUAGUCCUGCUGGCCACAUGACCCGGAAGCUGUACGCCGGCUCCUCGGCCAAUAAAGCGAGAUGAGCGCCGCAACCCCAGAGUCGGUCACGACUGGACCUAAUGGUCAAGGGUUCCUUUACCUUUACCUAUAAGUAAGUAGGAGUUCUAAAAUGUUUUUUCCCCUCCUUGCCUACUGCCAAAAACCUAGGAUGGACUUUUUAAAAGUCAAGAAAGAUAACAUUUAUACCCUCCUGAGUUUACAUUUUCAUAUUAAAGGUUUGGCUUGAUGUACGUGUACAGAUUUUUGAAGAUCUGAAUAUUGCAGAUAAGAUCUGAACAUGACUAUAUUCAUGACGGAUGAGCUUUUCAUUGCUGCUGUUAAUAAUUUUAUACUAUCCUUUUGAUCCUUACUUUAUAAAUGAAUCCAAAAUGUGGGCAACUAUAUCUGUUGCGCUGUUCAGGGAAGUUUUUAAUGUGUGACAUUUUAAUGUAUUUUUAAUCUUCGUUGCCUGGAACACGGGUGGCGCUGUGGGUAAAACCUCAGCGCCUAGGCCUUGCCGAUCGCAUGGUCGGCGGUUCGAAUCCCCGCGGCGGGGUGAGCUCCAGUCUUUCGGUCCCAGCUCCUGCCCACCUAGCAGUUCGAAAGCACCCCCAAGUGCAAGUAGAUAAAUAGGUACCGCUUUAUAGCGGGAAGGUAAAUGGCGUUUCCGUGCACUGCGCUGGCUCGGCAGAGCAGCUUCGUCAUGCUGGCCACGUGACCCGGAAGUGUCUCCGGACAGCGCUGGCCCCCGGCCUCUUAAGUGAGAUGGGCGCACAACCCUAGAGUCGGACACGACUGGCCCGUACGGGCAGGGGUACCUUACCUAAUCUUCGUUGGAAGCCGCCCAGAGUGGCUGGGGAGGCCCAGCCAGAUGGGCGGGGUACAAAUAAUAAAUUAUUAUUAUUAUUAUUAUUAUUAUUAUUAUUAUUAUUAUUACUUCUUGUCUGUCCUGAAUCUUCCAACUGUUCAGUUUCGUUGGAGUUCUAGCAUUAGGAGGAGGGGAAAAAAAUAUCUGUCUACUUCCUCCAUGCCAUGCAAAUAUUUUUACAAUCUUGAGUCAUCUCUCUUGCUCACCUUCUUUCUAAACUUGAAAAGUAAAUAAAUCGGAUGUUGUAACCUUUCCUUAUUAAAAUUUACAAGUGAAGCUCAGGAGAAAUUCUAAACUUAGGGUUUUGUCCAACUAGACUACACUUGGAGGAGACCAUUUGAAAAUAAUUGGCCGAAGUUAAUUGGGUCUGCUUGGGGUAGAACUUAAUAGGACGGCAAUUUUAAGGGUACAGUCAUACUUUUGAGUAGAACCAUUAAACUUAAUAUGGCCAGGUCUUUCUCAAGAGUAGACCUGCUGAAAUGAAAAGUCUCGAGUUAGCCGUGAUGAACUGACUCGAGAGUGUGACUCUCCAUGUAAUACUAACUGGGGGUUGUAUCCAACAUUAGUCAAAGCUAUUGAAAUUAACGAGCAUGGCUAAUUUAGCUCGAUUAAUUUCAGUGAGCCUGUAUCUGGCUGAAGCCACCUUGGUGGAUCCUCACUGAAAUCAGGUUAAGUCAUGAUGAACUUAAUUCAGGAUUAGCAUCAUUUUACUGGGUCGACUCUGCAUAUGAUUCCCACGCCUCCAGCUACAACCUUAUAAAUAUAUGCAAAUAAUUCUAAUGUGUGCACCCUAAACGGAAAUGCUUGAUAAGUCUUAUUUCCGAGUAGGUAUGCAUGACAUUGCACUGCAAGUGCAUUUUAUUGCUGUUAUUUAUAAAUUUGCUUUUACAUGCGCAUCAAGGCGAUUCGCAGGCAUGCCAUAAAGACGACUAAAAAUAGCUUUAAAAACAGUAAACAAAAAACAACAACAGCCAGUAGCCACAGGUUUGAAAACUACACAAAGGGCACCUAAGUCAGAGGCCUUUUCACCCAGCUGGAAAAGCCUGCUAAAACAAAAAGGUAUUUAAUUGUUUCCGGAAAGUGCAGGUAGUAAUAAUUAUUUACCCACCCGCCUUGACUCAUCUGCCUGGGUGGCCCCAGCUAUUCUGGGCAGCUUCAGCACAAUAUAAAAACAUAAUAAAACAGCAAACGUUAAAAACUUCCCUAUCCAGGGCUGCUUUCAGAUGUCUUCUGAAUGUUGUGUAGUUGCUUAUCUGUUUGACAUCUGAUGGAAGGGCAUUCCAUAGGGCUGGUGCCAGCACCAAGAAGGCCCUACGCCUGGUUCCUUGCAACCUCGCAGUGUGGAAACCACCAGAAGACCCAGGGGGGGGUUGGACCUCAGUGUCCAAGCAGUGUUAGAAAAGCUAGGAGCCAAAUGGCUCCUAGGACCUGGAUUUUGGAUGCCAAAACAGAAUAUCUAGUCACCAUUUGGGGCAGGGGUGGGGAGGUCAGCAACACUCUCCACCCCCCCAAAAUUUUUUUAUUGAUUUUCCAAUAUUAUAACAAAUAUAACAACAGACAAAGAAAAAAGAAAAAACAUUACAAUAUUAAAAAAAAAAAACAUUUAUCUUAACUAUUAUAAUCCCAUUUUUGUUAUCAUUGUUGGAUGACUUCCUCAAAUUCCCUCUGGCUGAGUUUCCAUAUAACUCAUUGUAGCAGUUUUCCAACAUUGUUUUCAUAUAAAAUUUACCUGUUCAAUUAACUUCUUUCUUUUCAUUUUGACUUCUAUCCAUGGUAUUAUACAAUUUCACAUAUUUAAUUCCUAGGCCAAUCUGUUACUCCAAAGUAUUUCUAUUUAAGUUAUCUUAACAUAUUUAAUUCAAUAGUCUUUAAAUUUCUUCCAUUCUUCCUGGUACUCCUCCUCCUUCUGGUCGCAGACUGUUCCGGUCAGGCCGGCUAGCUCCCAAAAGUCCAUCAUCUUCAUCUGCCAUUCUUCCACUGUUGGUACUUCUUGUAAUUUCCAAUUUUUGGCCAGCAAAAUUCUAGCUUCUUAACAUAUACUUCAAGGCUUCAAAGCACAUGCAUUUCAGUAAUCUUUGAGCGUUAGCCAGGUGCAAAAAAUGGCAUCCACACUUUUGGAGGUGCUUGCGAACAGACGAUAUUUAGGUGCAAAAUGUGCCUGACCCCCUGCUAAUUUCAAACCCAGGGUCCAAGCAGAACAAUGGGAGUCAGGGGUGCUAACUUGAAUAAAAAAUUGGGGGGCCCAGGUAAGCUCCUCCCUGCAUAAUCAAUUACAUGACACAGUGCGCACACAAACUAUCUGAAUGGGAAAUCAUCAAUUUUGUGGGGACCCGUCCCCUGCAAAUAUUUUAUUGUGGGGGUGGAGACUACAGGAUCGAGGCCGUUUAGGACAUUAAAGGUCAGCACCAGCACUUUGAAUUGCACUCAGAAACAGACUGGAAACCAAUGUCUUUUAGGGCUGGUGUUAUAUGGUCCCAGCGGUCGCUCGCAGUCACCGGUCCGGCAGCCACAUUCUGGAUUAGUUGCAGUUUCCGGGUCACCUUCAAAGGUAGCCCCAAGUAGAGCGCAUUGCAGUAGUCCAAGCGGGAGAUAACCAGAGCGUGCGCCACUUCUUGCGAGACAGAGCUCAGAUAAUGGGCUCCUCUCAUAUCUCG